CCAGUCCUGACCCACCGCAGCCUGUGGGGCAUCCCCUCUGGCUCCUGGACCCGCCCCUGCUCCACUCACGCCUCUCACUGGCUCCGCCAUCCCGUGGCCUCUGCCUGGGUCAGCUCCCCAAGUUCCCAGGAGUAGGUUAGGGGCCCCGCCCUCCUCUGGGAACCCCCAGGGUAGGGGCGCAGUCAUGUGAACCAGCUGCUUGCCUGCUGGUGGGGGCUUGCGGGAACCCCAGCAGGACAAGGGCCCGGGUGUCUUCUGAUCUUGGGGUUCACGUAAACCGUGGUGGGGUUCGCCUCUCCUUGCACCCCACCCUUCACCGCAGCCGCCAGGAGUUGGGUAAAUCACACCCGGCCCCCAGAGACCAGGGGGGGUGCCGUGCGCUCCUCUCUUCCUGCUCAUCAGCAGCGGUGCCCAGGUGCCCGCCCGCCCGCCCUCCAACCACCCACUGGCACCUCCUCCCAGCCCCACCCUGCCCAGCCCCUCCCACGCGUCUGUCGUGGAGCCACGGGCUCACACGGCACCCCAGGUUGGCGGCCACCAUGGGGGGUUUCAGGCCCUGGGCCCGGUAUGGGCUGCUGGUGGGGGCCCACCUACUGCUUCUGGGGCUCGGGGCUGUGGUGCUCCAGGGCCUGGAGGGACCCCCCGCCCGCCAGCUCCAGACCCAGCUCCAGGCCGAGCUGGCCGCUUUCCAGGCACAGCACGGGGCCUGCCUGCCCCCGGGGGCCCUGGAGGAGCUGCUGGGCACCGCCUUGGCAGCCCAGGCCCACGGGGUCUCCGGCCUGGCCAACAGCUCCGAGGCUGAGACGUGGGACCUGCCGUCAGCCCUGCUCUUCGCCGCCAGCAUCCUCACCACCACGGGUUACGGCCACAUGGCCCCACUGUCGGCGGGUGGAAAGGCCUUCUGCGUGGUCUACGCAGCCCUGGGGCUGCCCGCCUCCCUGGCCCUCGGGGCCACACUACGCCGCUGCCUGCUGCCGGCGCUGGGCCGCCCGUGCGCCUGGGUGGCCGGCCGCUGGCAGCUGGCCCCGGCGCAGGCGGCGCUGCUGCAGGCAGCAGGGCUGGGCCUCCUGGUGGCGGGAGCGUUCGUGCUGCUGCCGGCGCUGGUGCUGUGGGCCGUGCAGGGUGACUGCAGCCUCCUGGCGGCGCUCUACUUCUGCUUUGGGUCACUCAGCACCAUCGGCCUGGAGGACCUGCUGCCCAGCCGGGGCCUCGGCCUGCCCCCGGCGCUCUACUACACCGGCCAGCUUGCACUUCUCGGGUACUUGCUCCUGGGGCUCUUGGCCAUGCUCUUGGCCGUGGAGACUUUCUCAGAGCUGCCACAGGUCCGGGCCUUGGUGAACUUCUUCGGAGCAGGUGGCCCUGUGAGUGCCGAGGACCAAGCUGGCAUCCUCGGGCAGGAUGAGCUAGCUCUGAGCACCCAGCCACCUUCCCCCGCAGCACCCGGGCAAGCCCUGGCUAGCUAGGGAGGGGGGUCAGGUGACGGCUUGGGAGCC